AUGAGGGCUCUGAUUUACAAUAUCCGAGGGUUCGGUGAGCAGGGGCGCCGAACACAACUUAAAUCCUACAUCCGAGGGGAACGGGUGGACAUCAUUGGGCUUCAGGAGACUAUCAAAGUGGAUUUCUCAGCGACGGAGCUGCGGAGCCUGGAAUUCGGGGGUCAGUUCGCUUGGAACUGGCUGCCGGCGGAGGGCCAUUCCGGGGGUAUGCUCCUCGGUUUUCGUGAUGAGUGCUUUGAUGUUGGUGCUUGGAGGCAGGGGACCUUCUUCAUCUCGGCUACCAUACUCCAACGGAAGAACAAUAUGAAGUGGUGCUUCUUCCUGGUGUAUGGGCCGGCGUAUCAUCGUCGCACGGAUGAGUUUCUGGGAGAACUUACCCACGCGGUGGCAGGGUGCCAAUUUCCGGUGGUCAUUGCCGGGGAUUUUAACCUCAUCCGGACAGCUGAUGAGAAGAGUAAUGACAACAUCAGCUGGUCGAGGGUGAGACGCUUUAAUGAGGCUAUCGCCGAUAUGGCCUUGCGUGAACUGGAGCGUACCGGGGCGCGCUUCACAUGGACCAACAAACGACUCCGGCCGACACGGUGUGUUUUGGACCGGGUGCUCGUGGCGCCGGCCUGGGAGGCGGCGUUCCCUCUGUGCUCGCUUACGGCGAUUACGAGGAUUGACUCGGAUCAUACGCCUCUCUUACUAUCUACCGGAGAAGAGACAAGGCGCCCAUCGCCGAGAUUCUUCUUCCAGACUUGGUGGUUUGGCGUACCGGGCUUUGGGGACCUCCUCAAGGCCAAACUUGGCAGCUUUAUCCAGGAGCGGGGAGCGCACAGGUGUUGCAUUGACCAGUGGCAGUGCGUGGCGCGCAACACUCGUCAAUUCCUCAAGGGAUGGGGAGCCAAUUUGGGAAAGGAGAAAAGGGACUUCAGGGCUAACCUGCUCCUGCAAGUCUCUGAGUUGGACAAGGUGGCGGACGCCACUGGCUUGGAUGAGGAUGGCUGGGCGCUUAGAUACCACUUGGAAGACCAGCUAUCGGCCUUGGACAGGGCUGAUGAGGAGUACUGGCGCCAACGCAGCCGGGUGCAAUGGACUCUCAGGGGAGAUUCUUGCACGGCCUACUUCCAUGCCAUCGCGAAUGGGCGUAGACGGAAGUGUUCGAUACCGCGGCUGAUCACGGAACAAGGGGAGGUCCAUGAACAGCGAGAGCUCAUGGAACACAUAUAUGUGUUUUACCAGGGCCUCAUGGGAUCGGUCGGGGAGACCAGGCGGUUUUCUCUGGGACAUAACCUUUGGGAAGGGAACCAAAGGGUGUCCCAGGAGGAAAACCAUGAUCUGGAACUUACUUUUACUGCGGACGAAUUAGACGAAGUUCUGGCUAGCAUGAAGCAAGAUUCGGCGCCAGGUCCUGACGGCCUACCAGUCAUCUUCUUCAAACGGUUCUGGGGAACUCUUCGAGGUCCACUCCUGCAGCUUCUCAACGACUUUGCCCUAGGGAGGGUUGACGUUGCGCGGCUCAAUUAUGGGAUCAUCACUCUUAUCCCCAAGGUUAAAGGGGCGGACCAUAUUAGACAGUUUAGGCCGAUAACGCUUAUUAACGUCAUUUUCAAGUUUAUUGCGAAAGCCUACGCGAUUAGACUAGCUCCCGUUGCGCAUAGGGUCAUCGACCGUUGUCAGACGGCCUUUAUUAAGGGGCGAUGCCUACACGAGGGGGCGCUGGCCUUACAUGAAAUUGUGCACGAGCUGCACGUCAGGAAGCAAAAGGGUUUGCUCCUGAAGCUUGACUUCGAGAAGGCCUACGACAGGGUCGAUUGGGAUUUUCUCCAAGAGAUCCUUCUGCGGAAAGGCUUCUCCGCCAUGAUGGUGCAUAGAUUGAUGCAACUGGUCAGGGGUGGCCAGACUGCGAUUAAUGUUAACGGGGAAAGAGGGCAUUUCUUCCGUAACGCGCGUGGAGUGAGGCAAGGGGACCCACUCUCGCCGAUCCUCUUCGAUUUUAUGGUGGACGGCCUGGCCGCGAUCAUCUGCAAGGCCAGGGCGGCAGGACACGUUAGGGGGCUAGUGUCACAUCCGAUCCGGGAGGGGUUACUCACCUGCGAUGCGCGGACGACACCAUGA